AUGAUAAGGGCGCAGGUGCCCAGGGCUCUUUCUCGCCUACAUGGGAUUUAUUCGGCUCAUAAACCCCUUCAACGGAGCUUCGCGACUGUCGGAGAAAGCACUCGUCAGUACGAUGUCAUAGUCAUCGGAGGGGGCCAUGCGGGUUCAGAAGCAUGUACGGCAGCUGCUCGUUCUGGCGCGAGAACCGCUCUUAUAACGCCUUCUCGGUCGGACAUUGGCGUUUGCUCAUGCAACCCAAGCUUUGGUGGGAUAGGAAAGGGAACGAUGAUCCGUGAAAUUGAUGCACUAGACGGAGUAGCGGGUAGGACAGUUGACAAGGCAGGGAUCCAAUUUCGGAUACUCAACAGAUCGAAGGGCCCAGCCGUAUGGGGCCCACGAGCGCAAAUCGAUCGGGCACUCUACAAGAAGUAUAUGUUGGAGGAAUUAUCAAAUACGCCUGGACUCAGCAUUGUGGAAGGCAAGGUGGCAGAUAUUGUCAUAUCAAAAGAAAAUGUGAAGAACUUGAAUGGGCCUCAAGGCGAGAUCGUAGGGGUCAGACUGGAAUCAGGGGAAGUGAUACCUACAGGGAAGGUGAUAAUCACGACUGGCACUUUUCUUGGUGGAGAAAUACAUAUUGGACUAGAUGUUUUCCCAUCAGGCCGUAUGGGUGAGGCAGCUACCUUUGGCUUGAGCAACUCCCUCCGUGAGGCAGGUUUCCAGCUUGGCCGCCUCAAGACAGGAACACCACCAAGAUUAGAUCGCAAGACUAUCGAUUUCAGCACUCUCGAACCCCAGCUAGGCGAUUCGCCUCCCAGCCCUUUUUCGUAUCUCAACAACUCAGUGCAGAUUGGAGAUAAAGGUCAACUGAACUGCUGGUCGGCCUAUACAAACGAGGCGUCUCACGAUGUUGUGCGUGAAAACCUGGACAAGUCUAUUCAUAUUCGCGAAACUGUUAAUGGGCCACGUUACUGCCCUUCGCUUGAAUCAAAGAUUAUUCGAUUUAAAGAUAAAUCUAGGCAUAUGAUUUGGUUAGAGCCAGAAGGACUUGCGCCAAAUGAUGUGAUAUACCCAAACGGAAUUUCAAUGACUAUUCCAGCCGACGCCCAGGAGAAGAUGUUACGCACCGUUCGUGGACUAGAAAACGUAACUAUGCUUCAGCCUGGUUAUGGAGUGGAGUAUGACUACGUUGACCCUCGGUCAUUGCUUCCUACUCUUGAAACCAAACUUAUCAGCGGGCUAUACCUUGCUGGACAGAUAAACGGCACCACCGGCUACGAAGAAGCUGCUGCACAGGGUAUCCUUGCCGGUAUCAAUGCGGGUUUAGCUUCUCAGUCGAAACCACCAAUGAUACUCUCUCGUGCAGAUGGAUUUAUCGGUAUCAUGGUAGACGACCUUAUUACCAAAGGCGUGUCUGAACCGUACCGUAUGUUUACAACCCGAAGCGAAUACCGUAUUUCUACACGUUCAGAUAAUGCAGACUUACGUCUUACGGCUAAAGGACGAGCUGCUGGUGUUGUAUCCGACAAGCGUUGGCGCCACUUCACCGAGACCAAGGAACAACUGUCCCAUCUACGGACACUUCUAGAAAACACUCGGCAUCCCUCUACUCUCUGGUCGCGAAAAGGAUUCCCUGUUCGCACAGACUCAUCUGUUCGGUCUGCUUUUGAACUCCUUUCACAUAACGGCAUUUCACUUGAUGAUAUUAUCCCACACAUUGACUCCUCCCCUGCUGUCCUCCACGCCCUUUCUUCAUUCUCGCCUGAAAUCAGGUCCCGAGUGGCUAUUGAAGGCCGCUAUGCUCCGUACACUAAACGACAAGAAGUAACCGCUCUCUCGUUUGAGCGAGAUGAAAACAUGCUUCUCCCUCCCGACAUUGACUACAGCAAAAUGCUCGGCUUGAGUACGGAGGAACGUCAGGCGCUAGAGAGAGUUCGUCCUGUAAGUAUAGGAAUGGCUCGCCGCGUUGAAGGCGUAACCCCUGUGGGUGCCCUGAAGCUGCUCAUGCAUGUUCGCAAGUUGAGGUUGCUUGAACUUGGAAAUGAUGAGACCUCUUGCAAUGGCACCGAUGAGGGUAUAAACACAGCUACCGCCUCAUCACUCUGA